AUGCCGCAAGCUGCGUCCAAGCACCCCGUGAUUGGAUACCCAACGUCUGCUGCCAACACGGCCAUUGCGCCGCUCCCAAACACCACCACGACGACCUACACGGGCGCGACUGUCUCGCUCUCCGUCGCUCGCCGACAGCAGCAAAAUGCCGUCGCCGAGCGCGAGCACACGCGGCCCCGGCAGGAGGGAUGGGUCAGCAUCCGCGAGGGCGGCUUCAUGCCGUCGUGGAAGCAGCGCUUCAUGAUCCUGCGCGGCGAAUGGGUCGACUUUGCCAAGGCCGAGAGCGGCAAGACGCUCUACACGCUGUUUCUCAAUGAGAUUGUCGCCCUGGGCCGCGCCGAGACGGCCGGCGUGCCCACCAUGGAGGUGCGCCGCCGCACCGAGGGCGGCUCCUCCACGAGCCCCGGUGAGAAGGACGGGCCGCUCAAGAUCCUGCACAUCCGGACGCGCUCCGAGCAGGAGCUCUACGCCUGGAUUGACUGCGUGCACAUGGCCUGCCCCGGGCUCGGCGGCGUGAGCCACCCGACAAACUUCUUCCACGAGGUGCACGUCGGCUUCGACGCCGCCACCGACCAGUUCGUCGGCCUGCCGCAGCAGUGGGUGCAGCUACUCAGCGCGUCAGCCAUCACGCAGGAGGACUACGUGCGGAAUCCCCAGGCCGUGAUUGAGGCGGUCGACUUCUACUCGGAUCUGCAGAAGCAGGCCGAAGACCCGGAUGGCUUCUUCGCCCUCUCCCCGACCAAGAUUGACCGCAUCGAGAACCAUCUGCCGGCGAGCGAUUCCACCUCGUCGCUCCAAAACCUGGCCCCCGAGCCCACGGUGGAAAGAGCGCAGGUGCCUGAAAGGACGCCACAGGCGCCGCCGAAAUGGCUGCCCGAUCUCGUCCCCAGCCGCCCGCCACCACAGGUGCCGAAGCUGGCGCCAAAGCUGCCGGUGAUUCCUGUCUGGAAAUACAAUGACGACGAGCCGGUGCCAACAACUCGGCGUGCGCAAGCCCAGGAUCAGACGGGGUCUCCCAGGGUAGAGCCUCUUCACGUGCAGAAAGCGACAGAGCCCAACGUAGACCAUUCCUUCCCAGACACGGUGACGCCACUCAACGUCCCUUCACGGCGCCGGCAGGCGAUUCGACAUGUAACAACGUCCGAGGCCGAGCUGAUUGCCAAGCUGCAGCCUCUCAUCUCCAACGACGAUCCCAACCUGUCGUACCAAAAGCACAAGAAAGUCGGCCAGGGCGCGUCCGGCUCCGUGUACGUGGCUAGUAUCCGCAGCACCGCCGUCGGCAUCGCGCAAGAGCUGGUCCUGAAAAGGGGGCCCAAGACCCGCGUCGCCAUCAAGGAGAUGAACCUGGCGCGCCAGCAGCGCAAGGAGGCGCUGCUGGACGAAAUUUCCAUUAUGAAGGAGGGCAAACACAAAAACGUCAUCAAUUUUCUCGACGCCUUUCUCGUCAACGAUAACAGAAUGCUCUGGGUGGUCAUGGACUACAUGGACGGCGGCGCGCUGAUUGACUUGAUUGACAAUAACCCGAGCAUCAGUGAACGGCACAUUGCCACGCUGUGCCGCGAGGUAAGCAUAUCCCGCCGCGGCUCACGAACAAGACGCUUUCUAAUCCUUUUCCGACAAAGACAUGUCUCGGCCUGCAACAUCUCCACUCGAAACAAAUCGUCCACCGCGACAUCAAAAGUGACAACGUCCUCAUCGAUUCUCGAGGCCAUGUCAAAAUCAGUGCGUGCCUCUGUCCUGCGACGUUUCUUUCCCAACAUCCAAAAACCCCAGCUAACACAGACGACCGCGCAAGCCGAUUUCGGGUUCUGCGCCAAGUUGACGGCGCGGCGCUCCAAGCGCGCCACGCUGGUCGGCACGACGUACUGGAUGGCGCCCGAGGUGGUCAAGCAGAAGCGGUACGGGUACAAGGUGGACGUCUGGAGCCUGGGCAUCAUGGCGAUUGAAAUGGCCGAGUCGGAGCCGCCGUACAUGGACAUGGAGCCGAUGCGCGCCCUGUACCUCAUCGCCACGGGCAGCACGCCGCCGCUGCGCGCGCCCGACAAGCACAGCGCCCUGCUCAAGCAGUUCCUCGCCACGUGCCUCGUCGUCGACGCCUCGCGGCGCGCCACGACGAGCGUGCUCCUGAAUCACGAGUUUCUCCGCUCAGGCGGCGACACGAGCGAGCUGGUGGCGCUGCUGGCGUUUAAGAAGCAGUUUACGGACUAG